AUGACCUGCCCCCCUCCCACAGACCACACUGCAGACCUGUCGUCCAAUAUCCAGACAACCGCUGCCUCAACCGCUCAAGAUGCCUCGGGACGACAGCCCGCCGCCGCCGCCUCCGCCGCCGCCCAACUCGCCAGUGCAAAGAUGAGCCUACGCAAGACACUUCGCCGGUUCCCCGACUUCCCUAUCCCCGGCAUCGACUUUGUCGACAUCAUGCCCUUGUUCGCCGACGUCGACGCCCACGCCACCCUCGUUUCCGCUCUCGAGCUGCACAUCACGCAGACCUUCAACGACCUGAAGCCCGAUAUCAUUGUUGGACUCGAUGCCCGUGGCUUCCUCUUUGGCCCCGGCCUCGCUUUGCGUCUCGGCGUCGGUUUCGCUGCCGUCCGCAAGAAGGGCAAGCUUCCCGGCCCUUGCGUCACUGCCGAGUACGUCAAGGAGUACGGCAGCGAUUUGUUCCAAAUGCAGCAGGACGCCAUCAAGGAGGGGCAGAAGGUGCUCAUUGUCGACGACAUUAUCGCAACAGGCGGCUCUGCCAAAGCUGCGGCUGACCUCGUCACACAGCUCAAGGGCCAAGUCAUGGGCCAUGUGUUCAUUCUGGAAAUUCCCGGCCUCAACGGCCGUGAUAAACUUGGCGCGGCUCCUACGACCGUCCUGCUCGACAACGUUUGA